GAAACUAGUUUCGUUUUUGUGCAUCUGUGCAUCUGUCUGUGGUUGUCUUGCCGUCUUGCGUCACUUUACGGGUUUACCGCACCUGCAGUUGGAGAAAGCUCUUAAUUAGAAAACAAAUAUUUCGCGCCCCACUGAAAAUACGAGUAGCAACCGAUCCCUGAGAAAAAGAUUAGACGAACGUCGCGUGGGCUAUCUGUCUCCGCAUAGCCGGAAUGAUAAACACCAUAAAAACAUCAAUAAAAAAAAAACAAAAAAAAAAAAAACCGCAGAGACAAAACGGCUUUAGAUUAAAGUUUAUCAGGCUCCCCUUUACACCGAGCAAGCCAGAUCUCUUAAAAGCUGCUGCAAAGUGAGGCCGCUUGGUUUCUUCAUUAACGAUCCUGCAAGAAUGGCAAGAAUGGAGAACCCGGAGGACCCAAGGGUUGUGGACCUACGGAGCGACACGAUCACCAAGCCAACUCCAGAGAUGCGACAGGCCAUGAAAGAUGCGGUAGUUGGAGAUGAUGUCUUCAAAGAAGAUCCCACGGUCAACGAGCUCGAGAGUGUGGUGGCAGAGAUGUUCGGCAAAGAAGCUGCCCUUCUGGUACCUACUGGGACGAUGGGAAACCUGGCUUCGGUGAUGGCUCACUGCAACCAGAGGGGACAAGAGAUCCUUGUCGGAGAUGCGUCGCAUAUUUUCCUGAACGAGCAAGGGAAUGUUGCACAGAUUGCAGCCGUGCAAAGCUGGGCGGUACCAACGCAGCCUGAUGGUUCGCUUCUCAUCGAAGACCUGGCCCGUAGGGUGCGAUAUCGGGACUUCCACUGCCCCAAGACAUCCCUGAUCUGCCUGGAAAACACGCAUAAUGUCUGCAGUGGCACUGUCCUCUCCAUGGAGUACCUCAACAAGGUGACGGAGUUCAGCAAGCAGACCAAAAUCCCUGUGCACAUGGAUGGAGCGAGGAUUAUGAACGCCGCCACGUACCUAGACCUUCCGGUGUCGGAGCUGCUCAAGGGGUGCGACUCGGUCAUGAUGUGCAUCUCUAAAGGACUAGCCUGUCCUGCUGGUUCUCUUGUUGCUGGAUCAAAGGAUUUUGUGCAACGGGUUGCCCGGGUGCGGAAGGCGCUCGGAGGUGGUAUGAGGCAGGUUGGCAUCUUGGCCGCUGCUGGUCUUGUGGCCCUCAAGACAAUCCUGCCUCGGUUACAUGAAGACCAUGAGAAUGCGCAACGCCUCGCCAGAGGUGUCUGUCUUCGGGAAAACCCCUUCAUCAGCAUGGAUCUGGACACGGUUCAGACCAACAUGGCGGUCUAUGACUUCAUUGACGGAAAGCUGUCCCCCGUCACAUUCUGCGAACGUCUCCAAAAGGUGAGCCCCAGGGAAUUCGAAGAUCUCGAUGAAGCCAUUACGGUCAAGAUGAUCCCUAUCAGCCUCACCAAAGCAAGAGCGGUCUUGCACAAUGACGUCAGCAGCGAUGAUGUGGAUGCGGCGAUAACCAAAAUACGUUAUGUGGUUGACGAGCUGUGUCGUUCCGUUCCUGUUUGCUGAUGAUGGCCAUUCGGUACAAAGUGUGCCAUAGCUGCGGGACGGGAUGAAGGUCCAAGCCUUUUUAUAACGUUUUUUUCUACCUGAUACUGAAGACAAUCCCUAGAAAAAAAGUAUUUGAAAGCGAUGUUCCUCGCUUCUUUGGGGAUUUCCUAGUCAAUGAAACAAAAAGAAUGUUUUCUAAGGGUCUCGGAGGGAAAAAAUGAAAGAUUUUAUAGUUCAACUGAGCACAGGUUCGAAAUAGAAGUACAUUUACCUAAUUUUGUUCCAAUCUGUGGGAAAUGUGUGUGUGGAUUACAAAUUUGUGAUUGGUAUUAUUUGGGGUACCUGUGCUAAGUGUUGGAAUCAUAAGGUAAAACUUGGGAAGAUGUACCAUAGUUAUAUACAACAAUGCACAUUUUGUUUGAUACAGCUCGGCAUAAUGAGUUUCAUUUUUCUCUGAAUAAAGGCUUACUUGCUGAAA